CACUUCUGAGGAGGGGGUGACCGGCCGUGAUGACAUGAGGGGGUGGUGUGCUGAUGUCAUAGGGGGAGGAGGAAAGGAAAAGCCCUGAGGGACAGUUUUCUUCCGAGACAGUUUCGGAGCUGACACUGCGAGUUGUUUCCUGCGCUCUGCUCCCAGAUAAGAAGCAGAAAUGUCAUCUGACUCCACCUCCCCUGUUACUGCCACAUCCAGUGAGUCGCCAGUAUCUCCUCAAUCUCCAGAGUCUCCAAAGACCCUUAACUUACCAGGCCCUCGACGAGUGAGAGAUCGCUCUCCAUCUCCUAUGAGACACCUCGUACCUAGUCCACUCCCCACUAGACGUACAAGAACAUUUUCUGCAAUUGCACGCGCUUCUGAAGGACCGUUGUACAAAGGAGUAUGCAAAUCCUUCUCCCGUUCUAAAGGACAUGGCUUCAUAAUACCUGAAGAUGGCGGGCCAGAUCUCUUUGUACACAUUUCUGAUAUUGAAGGAGAAUAUGUCCCUGUAGAAGGUGAUGAAGUCACUUACAAAAUUUGCACCAUUCCUCCGAAACAUGAGAAGAAACAAGCUGUGGAAGUUGUGAUAACUCAUUUAACUCCAGGAACAAAGCACGAGACGUGGUCUGGACACAUCAUCACUUCUUAGAUCCAUAUAGUCAGCAUCGAGUUGUUCUGUUUUUUUUUUUUUAUUUUACUGUUGUCUGAAAACAUUCUUUACUACUGCUUAUCACUAUCACUUAUAAAUCUUCCCACCGUGGAUGCAUUGGAUUCUAUGUUUUAUCGUUGCCUUAUUUCCUAUAGCUGUCUAUUGUCCAGAAUAAAUUAAUAGGUCCCGGGGUUGUAAUCCACUCCCUUCUUGGAUAUCAGAGAUAACCCAUUAGAUUCAAUCCACAUAGUUAAUUUCUCCCAAAACUAGUCUGAUUCAAAUGUUUCUCCCUCGCACCGUGUGGUAUUCUGUUGCAGACUUUAGGCUGCAUUCCCAUGACUGUGAAAAA